AUGCCGUACGACAUCAACGAAUGGAAAUAUGCAAAGUACGUCUGCCUCAAUACCACAUUGGACACAAGAAGUCGCAUUUUCCUUAAGUUAAAUUGGAUAUAUCAAGAUCAGCAGAACUGGUACAAAUUAUAUACAGGUUGUGGAGGAAAAUUUCAAAGUCCCAUCGACUUACCAGUGUCUGGUUUAGUCAAGGUGCAUGGUCAGCGACCUUUGAUAUUCGGCAACUAUGCCGAAGUUCCCCUUACGAUGACAAUGUUUUUCGAUGGUAACAGAAUAAUAGUGCAUGGUAAAUGGCAUAAAAAUAAUAUGCCGCUUAUCUUUGGCGGGGCGGCCCACAGUCGCCGCUACAUUUUCUACUGUCUCAGUAUGCACUGGCCUACAGAACAUAAGAUUGGAGGUCUUUCGUAUCCAUUAGAACUGCAAAUACUUCACAUAUCCGCGGAGUACGCUUCCUUCGAAGAUGCCAUGAAGGGUUCCAAUAACGAUCCCAUGGCGUUUUUAUGCGUUAGUGUCAUUUUUAGGUACGAACAGCACACACAUCCACCUCUUAAGAAUCUAUUAAAAGCAGGAAUUCGUUCUAGAGCUUCUAACGUCAGUCUGAACCCAAUUCCACUUAGUCAUAUAAGCCCACCGUUCCACAACUACGUCGCGUACCAUGGUUCAUUGCCUGUACCACCGUGCACGGAAUCAGUGCUAUGGAUUGUCAGAUCCAAAGCUUUGCCAAUCAAAAGGGAGUUCUUGGAAGCAGUUAAUGUUGCGUUAAGUAUACAGGGAGAGACUGAGAAACUGCUCGGACGUUCUGUACAAUCGCUUAACGAUAGGAAAGUGUAUUUGUUUAAUUUGUGAUGUAGAACAAAAAUAAUAACA